AUGGCGGUGCGAAUCAUGGCGCUUUUUUGACCUUGAGUGCAAUGUUACAAACAAUUUUAGAGCAACGUCCUGUAACAAAGACAGAACAACGAUGGUAUACGCUCGGACGGUAGAUAUGUCUUGUAAUUGUCAAUUAUUCACAACAAAAACUUGGCCUUCGAACUCAACGGCAUUUGUUAACGAGGAUUUGUCAAACGUGCGAGGACUGUCGGCAUAAGUGCUUGAGAACGGAGCUUCGACUGUGUUGAGUUUUCGUGAGCAAAAUAACGUCUAAAAUGUCAACUAUACAUGAAUAGGGCUUUGACUGGAAGUUUUGUAAAUGUUUUAUAUUUAUUUUAGAAUGCGCAUGCGUACGUGAAUGCCGGAUUCAGGGCCUCGAUGAAUUCAAAUUUUACUGUAAAUGGAACUCCAAGUUUAGUGUUUGGUGGCGUUAAGCUUUCUCCGGUGAGUAAAAUCGAAUCUAGCUUUGUUCCUGGACAGGUUGUCCAAAAGCCGUUUAUAUUAAUCCCUUUUAUCCUAAGUCAACGAAAAACGUCACAGCAAUAUUCCCAAAAGUUAUUUAUAAACAUGGAAGCGUUGCCGUGCCCAAACGAAGUUAAUAGGCAUCGUUUUAUAUUCGAUGCGUGAGUUUGUUAGUCAGUUGGGAAUCACAAGUCUUGGUAUUUAUUCAAAAGUAGUAUGUCUUUGCGCAUGUAGUGCACUUGUUUUGCGUAUGCUCCAGAUCAUCGCACUGUAGUACCAUGUCUGUCCCGAAAACUUGUUAGGAUCAAGAGAUGUUUUAUUUUUUAAAGUCUUUAAAUAAAGGGGCGUGCGGAAAUAAAAAAAUUGAAAUAGCAGGUUAAAUUCUAAUUCAGGAUUACGGGGCUGAACUUACUAAUUAGUAUUAAUAUAUAUUAAAAAUCUAUUCUCGUUCGUCAAUAAUUGGUCUAAACGCGCCGGAUAAUUCUCUGUAUCUUGAAGCCGUCGCGCUAUUUCAGCUGGUGACGUCAUCAGCAUGCAAUCAUACUUUUUUGGACCGAUCUUCGGCCCAAAUAAAACAAUUAUUGAAUUCGGUUUUCGUAAGAUAUCGAGAAUUAUCAAGGCCUCGGUUUGUGUUAUCCACCCCAGCCUUCGGGUAAUUCGGUGGAUAUCUAAAAUGUCAACUAUACAUGAAUAGGGCUUUGACUGGAAGUUUUGUAAAUGUUUUAUAUUUAUUUUAGAAUGCGCAUGCGUACGUGAAUGCCGGAUUCAGGGCCUCGAUGAAUUCAAAUUUUACUGUAAAUGGAACUCCAAGUUUAGAAUUAUGAAUCCCCUCGGUUUGCAUGUCAUAUCCACCCCAGCAUCUUCGGAAGUCAGUCGGGUGGUAUAACGUUUGCAAGACUUGGUACUUGAAAACUUGUUAAUAAGAGAGUUUUAUUUUUUAAAGUCUUUAAAUAAAGGGGCGUGCGGAAAUAAAAAAAUUGAAAUAGCAGGUUAAAUUCUAAUUCAGGAUUACGGGGCUGAACUUACUAAUUAGUAUUAAUAUAUAUUAAAAAUCUAUUCUCGUUCGUCAAUAAUUGGUCUAAACGCGCCGGAUAAUUCUCUGUAUCUUGAAGCCGUCGCGCUAUUUCAGCUGGUGACGUCAUCAGCAUGCAAUCAUACUUUUUUGGACCGAUCUUCGGCCCAAAUAAAACAAUUAUUGAAUUCGGUUUUCGUAAGAUAUCGAGAAUUAUCAAGGCCUCGGUUUGUGUUAUCCACCCCAGCCUUCGGGUAAUUCGGUGGAUAACGCAAGACUUGGUCUUUAUAAAUUUCGAUAUCAUACUCAACCUCAUUCAGUAAUUGUUUAUUAUUUGUGUUUCAUUUUAUUGUUGUCGUUGUUUUUGUUACUUUUUUCCCCAAUUAUUUGCUCGCUUUUAGGGACCGUUCAUUUUUUAUCAGGAGGGGGCUGGUGGUUUUGGGCGCUUUCAUUAUAAUUUCGUUUCGACCCCCCCCCCCAGCAGAUGCAGGAAAAUUUCCUGUGGCCCCUUUUCUACUCCAAGUUUUUUUCCCAUGAUCCCGGUACAUGCAUGAUGACCUGGGUAUGGUCUUGGACAUUUGGUCAUGGUAGGCCCUACGCAAGUGGUUUUAGCAUGCACUGAAUAUCACAAAUAUGUAAAGUUCCUAGUAAUUUGUUCAUGUGUACUUUAAGUUUAAAUUGACUACUGAUGCAUGCACCAAAACUUUACUUUAUAUAAAUGAAAGAGUUUUUAUAAAUGAAAGAGUAUGAAAGUUGAUUGCUUUGAUUUGUAUGUAUUAUGUAUUCAUUGAUGUUUUGGUGCCCCCCUCAAAAUUUAAUUUUCCUGAGAUGACCCCCCUCUCACAUCGCUAUUUUUUCUGGUGGCCCCCCUGCAAAAACCACCAGCCCCCUCCUCCUGAUAAAAAAUGAACGGAAUAUAUGAAAUGUAUUGCUUAGCAAUAUGUUUAAGUGGGAGCGGCGUGACACAAGGUGAAUUGAAAGAAUGCUCUUGUGCUAUGUUUAAUUAUUUCGUUUAGUUGCGAGCCAGUGAGACAGAACAAUAUCUUUCUGGAAAGAACAUUCUUGAUUCAGGAACACUAAAAGGUAGUUAUAGUUAA